AUGGAGGCCAGUAGAGUACGUGGACAUCAGGGCACAGGCUGGCGCAGGCGCGCUGGCGCGCUUAGGGCUGCGGGGCGCGCUGGCGCGCUUAGCAGCGGGGCGCGCUGGCGCGCUGGGCCGCAGGGCGCGCUGACGCGCUUCGCAGUGAGCGCGCUGGCGCGCGUAGGGCUGCAGGGCGCGCUGGCGCGCUUAGCAGCAGGGCACGCUGGCGCGCUGGGCCGCAGGGCGCGCUGGCGCGCUUCGCAGUGGGGCGCGCUGGCGCGUGUAGGGCUGCAGGGCGCGCUGGCCCGCUUAGCAGCGGGGCACCCUGGCGUGCUGGCCUGCGGGACGCACUGGCGCGUUAGGCUGCGGGGCACGUUGGCGCGCUAA